UUCACACUGCAACACAGAAAUUAAAAAUACAUAAAAAGAAAUCUAGAUUAUUGAACCUAUUAGGGCAUUAAAAGCCCUAAAAAUAUCUUUCUGUAGUUUAUUUAAGUAAUUUUUGUAAACGCACAUUAUUAAACAAGCAACAAACAUUAUAAAGAAUGUCUGCUGGAGGAAGCGCUAUGAGGCCUGGAGAGGCAGCAUUACAGAACAUGAAGCUCUUGAAAGCUGAGACUACUGUGUUCAAAGUACCAAAAAUACCCAAACAGAAGUCAGAGAAGAAGAGCAAGGUUUUAGAGGAAGAUGCUUAUGUGGAGGGCAUAGCAAAAAUUAUUCAAAGAGAUUUCUUCCCUGACCUAGAGAAACUGAAUGCACAGAACGAAUACUUGGAGGCUACAGAAAACAAAGAUUAUCAGAGACUUCGAGAAUUAACUCAAAAGUAUAGCGGGAACAGACCACCUACAGAACCAUAUAACACCCCAGCCACUUUUGACACGCCAAACAUUGACCGGCCAUGCACUCCUGCUACCAACAAUGAGGAUGCUCCCAGACAAACAAAAAAUGCCACUAAAGACAAAACCGCAGAUAUUACUGAUAACCACAGUUUAGAUUCCUUUCUGGCCAAACACACGAGCGAGGACAACGAAAGCUACAAUCGAGUUAUAUCGUUGGAGCAAAAGAAGCGUGCAAACAAAAUAGCAUCGCAGCUUCAAGCCGAGAUCACGUCUGCAACACUCGCAGAUGAAGCACUAGCUUUACCCUCCAUAGAACAACAAGCUGAUCAAACGGAAAGGCCACAUGAAUUGGACACUUGGCGUUACAAAGCUCGUAAUUACAUAAUGUACGUGCCUGACGGGGCGGAGUCCCAGCGCCCGCCGCCGAAGCCCGAACUAGUCCACCAGAACACAAGGCUAAAAGCUCAACCCUUCGACUACGCUAAGAGCAAAGAGACAAUAAGCGCCAUCGCGAGGAAUCAGGACGCGACAGUGAACGGCAGGAUAGGCGUGGACGGUAGCAGUUUGAGUUCAGAGAAGGAAGAGCGCUAUCCGAUACUGCAGACACCGUCCCCCCGCCCCGGCGACGGCGCGUCCCCCCUCAUGACGUGGGGACACAUCGAGGGGACGCCCUUCAGACUCGACGGCGGGGACACGCCGCUACCUGCCGUGGGGGCGGGAGUGGCGUACAAGAUGCUGGAAGGCGGCGCCCGGGAACGUAUCGCGCUGCAGCUCGCCGAGCAACUCGCCAAGAGGAGGCGGCCCACAACCCCGAGGAUACCACCGCCCUCGCCGAGUUUCCGAACGAGCACCGAGCGCCUGGCCAGCAUGUCGCCGGCGGCCAGGAAAUUAGCCGCGAAACAUUUACUAACACCGAGACUCAAGCUGACGCCAAACGACAUGGGAAUUUUAUCGCACGCGGCAACACCGAAACGAACACCGACACGGCGACCGUUAGUGGCAACACCGACCACGAAUAAGAACACGGCAACAUCGACCCGUCCUUCCGACUCUGGCAACGUGAACAACAGCAGUACUGUGAUAGAAAAUAAUCUCACCGACAACUUGCUGCAGAUUAAUGUGUGCAAAAGGAAUAGAUUAAAAGCUAAAGACUUCUUCGAAUAAUCAUUCGUUAGAGUUAAUUAAAAUAUAUUUAUACUGA